AUGUGCACCAACGUACACAUACGAGGCCCCUGCUACUGCGGCACCAACAACGGCCAAUACGUCGAGUUAGGCGUCAAACUCGAAAAAUGCAAAUAUGUAGAACUAGGCAAUGUCCAUGAUAAAUAUUUCGUGUAUGGGAUAACAUAUAUGAUUCAGGGUAGAUGUGGGAAUUGUAUUGUUAUUGCUGAGGAGAAGGAGAGGGUGGAGGUGCAGAGGAGGGAGAGGGAGAGGGUGGAGGCGGAGAGGAGGGAGGUGGAGAGGAGGGAGAAGGAUCAGAGGGAUGCUUCGGCUGAGGAGUUUAGGGAGUUGGCUGUACGGACGAUUAUGAAGUUUUGA